AUGGAAUAUGCUAAUACAGGAGGUAAUAUCCCAUCGAUAAGGAAGGACUUAAAUUCAACUGUUUCGAUGGGACUAGACAAAUUAGCCACAUCCAAGGGAUCUAAAAAAAAAGGGAAGUCAGAACUUGCUGGCUUUACUUGCUUUGCCUUCAAAAGAGUAUUGAGAUGUUUUGGAUUUGGAUUUGGAGUUGGAAGUGGUAUCAUCAAGAUUCACCACUAUUAUGAGAAAGGGGAGAUAGGCUUCCUUGGUCCUACUUACCGGGAAGACAACACAACGUUGAGCUGUAAGUACAUUAAGGAGAGUGCAAAGCACCAGAGAAAAAACCCAUCUUCCUUGAUAGGGGGAACUCUCUCUUAUUGUCUUGCUAGCUUGCAACCAUACCAUCUUACAGACCCUACAAUCGGGACCUUCUUUCUUACCCUCAGGGGGGAGACCGGAUUCCUUUCUUUCCUAUUUAGAACUGCAGAUUUGUCUUUGUCGCUGGUUCGGACGUGCAUCGGCGGCCCCCUUUCCACUUCAAUCGUGGAAAGUCAGAAGCAAGAAUCAUUGAUUCCUGACCCCCUUAUCUACGACAACUCCAGAUCAACUAAUUUUCCUUCUAGUUGA